AUGUCCAAUGAUAGGGAUCUUAACGACGAUAGCGCGGAAGAUGCGGCCAAACUAUUCGAUACACUUUUGAUCAACAUCAAGCAUGCUGGUUCGAUAGAACCGCAGACUAGCCUCGACUCCUCGGAUGAGGACGACGAUGCGGAAAGCCGCUUUCUGGAGGCUCUACUUUCCGGGCCAUGGGACUGGCGAGGAACCAGACAGAGCGAGCUAGGGGCGCUCAUUCUCUUCGAAGAAGCGCCAUGCAGCUUGUGUAUGACACCGCGUUCCCUCAAUCAUAUCAAUACAUUCCUCUUCUUUGAGAGUGCCCUACUUCGCUUCCAGAGACGGGAUCCAGAGGAGGGGGAUGCGAGUCGGGAACCGAACCGUACGAUGCAACUUGAGAGUAAGAUACCCCUUGAUUCAGUUCUAGAAUUUGGUUGGACAGAGGGCCAUGGGCUUUGGUUGGACAUCACCUGGAAGAACGAAGGGAGCGAAGAGAUGGGACAACGAAGCAGUAGACCUGUAGCGUUUCUAAGUUUCCGUUUGCUCCUCUCUGCCACAACCGCCAUGAUCUCCCGUACUGUCGGCCUGAGCGCUGCCGCCUUUGCGCUGGCAGCGAACGCUUUCCUCCUUCCUCCAGAUGUCACGAUCGAAGGCAUUUCAUCAUCAGGGUCACCUGGGGCUUUGGGAAUAGUCGAUCCAUACACACAGCUCCUGAAGGUGCCAUGCCCAGGCUGCCAGUUCGCGAGGAUGACCGAGAAUGGUCUGGUAUGGGAUCAGGGUGGCGAGCAGUCAUUGCUCUUGAAUAUCUCAGUUGGCUCCGAUCCGACCACUCUGGAGAUGAACUCCGUUCAAUUCUAUCCUCCGGAGAUGUCACUCAGUCUCAUGCCGGCCAUGCCCGCAGUCCCACAUGUCGCUUCUUCCGUAUCGAUUGACGAUAUUCGAGCAAAUCCAAACGAUUACAUCUCAUCACCCCACCCGAUCACGUCAUGGUCAAUCAAUGCCAUCAGCGCUGACACAGUCUCCGAAGACGGCCACGAGCUAAUCGAGAUCGAGGUUCAAGUGAGCAGUCUUGCCGGUGCCGCCGUCAACGUUCCCCGGAUCGAGAUCAAUGCCAUCAAGGACCCCGAGGCCCAGCUCAUGAUCGCGGGAAUCAAGGUCGCCGAUCCGAGCAAGCCCCGCGAAUGCCACACGCACCCGCUCAUCUGUAGAUGGCGCGAUAUCGUCAUGAACAAGGCUCAUGCGGUCGGCAACAAGAUCGGUAGCAUGUGCCAUGGUGGAGGGAAGGGACCUCACGGCAAGCCCCCAGGCGUUGAUCGUGUGUUCCGUCCAGGCACGAACAUGCACCACGGGCCGCACUCCCACCAUGACGGCGCCGGACGACACCACAUGCAGCACGGCCCACAUAAUCAUCAUGGCCACAAGCACGCAAAUCGCUUCCUCCACGCCAUCAAGUGGAUCGUUCUCGUGCUCGUCGUCCCCUUCCUGGUCGGCGCUUCUGCUGCCGCGGCUACCUACAUUUUGUUGGUUGCUAUCGGCUACGGUGUCGCGGCCGUCUGGAAUUCGGUUCGUCGAUCUCGACGUGGAGCGUAUCGAUCUGUGGCGCUUGAGGAUGAUGAGGAAUCUGAAGUUUAUGGAAAGGAGGACGAGGCUGCCACCGAGAAUGCUAAGCUUGAUGUGAACGAGGCUGGUGAGGCACCUCCUCGAUACGUGGAUGCUGUCGAGAAGGAGUAG